AUGCCCUCCAGACAAGAAAUCUCCUACUUUGGAGCCGGCCCAGCUCCCCUCCCUACCUCCGUCGUCGAGGCCGGUGCCAAGGCCUUCGUCAAUUUCAACGAUUGCGGUCUUGGUCUCGGCGAGAUCUCGCACCGCUCGCCCACGGCCAACAAGAUCCUCGACGAUGCCAAAGCCAACUUGACCGCUCUGCUCGAUAUUCCCGACAACUAUGAGAUCCUGUUCAUGCAGGCCGGUGGUAGCGGUGGUUUCAGCGCUGUGGUGCAGAACCUUGUUUCCGUCUGGAUUGAGCGCCGCCGCCGCAGGGCUGAGACCGAUGCGCAGGCGGCUAACCCCGGUGCGGAAAAGUCGCAGAUCGACGAAUUGGUCUUCCAGAGACUCCAGAAGGAAGUUGAGGAGGAGUUGAAGUUGGAUUACCUUGUGACUGGAUCUUGGUCGCUCAAGGCUUCCCAGGAAGCGAGCAAGCUUGUAGGUUCCAAGUACGUGAACGUUGCUCUUGAUGCUCGCAAGGCCAACGGUGGAAAGUUUGGAACUAUUCCCGCUGAGGAGUCCUGGUCUUUGACCCCCACCAAGAAGGAGGGCGGCAAGGGUUCCGCGUUUGUCUACUUCUGUGACAACGAGACCGUUGAUGGUGUGGAGUUCCAGCAAUUCCCCAAGUCAUUGGAGGCUCAGGGUCAGGAUGCCGAGGACGAGCGCCUCGUUGUGGCUGAUAUGAGCUCCAACUUCAUCAGCCGCAAGGUUGAUGUUAGCAAAUAUGCCGUCAUCUUCGUAAGGCGGUGCGCAAAAGAACAUUGGUGUCACCGGCAUCACCAUUUCCAUUGUUCGCAAGGAUCUCCUCCCUCCCCAGACCGCGACUCCUCCCCUGCUCUCCUUCACCGCUUGAACAUCGGUGGUCUCCCCGGUCCGGUCGUGUUCGACUACGCCACUAUCGCGAAGAACAACUCCCUCUACAACACCCUCCCUAUCUUUAACCUCUGGAUUGCUGGCCAGGUCAUGGCUGACCUUGUGGCCGAGUUCAGCACCCAGAAGGUGAGCGGCCAAGAGGCCGUCGCUAACAACAAGGCCCAGCUUAUCUACGGUGUCUUGGACAAGUACCCUCAAGUCUACCAGGUUGUUCCGGACGCCAGCGUCCGCAGCCGCAUGAACAUCUGCUUCCGCGUCAACGGCGGCGACGACGUCAAGGAGAAGGAGUUCAUUGCAGGUGCUGAGAAGCGUCUUCUCCAAGGCCUCAAGGGCCACCGCAGUGUAGGCGGCAUGCGUGCCAGCAACUACAACGCGGUUCCGUUGGAAAAUGUGCAGAAAUUGGUGAAGUACCUCGAAGACUUUGCCACCGGACAAUAG